ACUUCAAAUGGAAGAAUCAUCCCCAAUUCUCUCACAGAAGAAGAAGAAGAAAAAAUGAACUCUUUACGCCCUAAUUUCGAUUUCAAUUCAAUCAUUCUCUCUCAAACCUCCUCCACCAAGCUACCAAAACCACCUACACCAUUCUUAUCAUGCUCAUAUCCACCUUUUCACCGAAUCUCACCGGACAAAAAGGAGCCUAAAUUCAACGAUCAAUCUCUGAUUACAUCGAUUCAACGAGGAAUACUUUCGUUCGCCGCCGCAACAGCAGCAAUCGCAUCAAUCUGCACCAAUUCUCCAGCUUUAGCGGAAUCAUUAACUGUUGCAUUUCCCGUUUCUCGUGCUCGUGAGGUUAACACCGUUCAGAGAACUCUUAUUGAAACAUGGGGUUUAAUCAGGGAGACAUUUGUAGAUCCAACUUUCAAUCAUCAAGAUUGGGAUCUUAAGCUACAACAAACAAUGGUGGAAAUAUUUCCACUUAAAUCAGCUGAUGCAGCAUACGGGAAGAUCAGUGGAAUGCUCUCUACUCUUGGAGAUCCUUUCACUCGGAUUAUCAGUCCGAAGGAAUACCAAAGUUUUAGGAUAAACAGUGAUGGAAAUCUGCAAGGAGUUGGGAUAUUCAUAAGUGUUGAACCAAAAACAGGUCAUUUGGUUGUUUUAUCGUGUGUUGAUGGAAGCCCGGCUAUGCGUGCUGGAUUACACCAAGGAGAUGAGUUGGUUGAGAUUAACGGAGAGAAACUUGAUGGAAUUGACAGCGAAACAGCAGCUCGUAAACUUAGAGGGAAUGCUGGGACGACUGUAACCGUCAAAAUCCACAGUGAAGCUGCUGAUUGGCAGAGUAAAUCAGGUUUCAGAGAGGUGAAGCUACCUCGAGAAUUUAUUAAAUUCUCACCUAUAUCAAGUGCGAUUAUCGCACACAGAACUCCAGAUGGCCAUCUUUCUAAGACGGGAUAUGUGAAACUUGCCACAUUCUCACAGACUGCUGCGACGGAUAUGGAGAACACGAUAUAUGAGAUGGAGAAGCAAGGAGUAGAAUCAUACAUAUUAGACUUACGAAAUAAUCCGGGGGGAUUGGUAAAAGCAGGACUUGAUGUUGCCCAAAUUUGGCUUGAAGGAAAUGAGACACUUGUGAAUACAAUUGACAGGGAGGGAAAUCUGUUUCCCAUUACUAUGAUAGAUGGCCACGCUUUAACACGUGAUCCACUUGUUGUGCUUGUGAACGAGGGUAGUGCAAGUGCGAGUGAGAUCUUGGCAGGGGCCUUACAUGACAAUGGCAGAGCUAUUCUGAUUGGAAACCGAACUUUCGGGAAAGGAAAGAUUCAGAGUGUAACAGAGCUGGAUGAUGGGUCGGCUCUGUUUGUGACAGUGGCGAAGUAUUUAUCGCCUGCACUUCAUGACAUAGAUCAAGUGGGUAUUGCACCAGAUAUUCAAUGCACUACAGAAAUGCUAAAGAAUUCAAGUAGGGAACAGACCUCUUUGAUAAAGGGAUCUGCUUCAUCCUUAGAAACUGAUUCAUGUGUAAUGGUGGCAGAGCACCAGUUAGACAUUCAAGAGGAGUUCAGAGGAACCGCCUCUUGAUUGGUUUAUAAGUCUGAACCUGUAUAUAAAAAUAAAAUUUACAUUUUCUAUGGAAGUAGAAGAUAUAUCAAUGGAUUGGCUUAUAGAUUGCAA